AUGGCGACUUCGACCGACAAUAAACCAUCGGCUAUGCAGGCUCCAGCCUUAGUCGGCGUCACACGCUUCCGAGUUAUCAAGACUUCAGCUUUCAAGGACUAUUAUGUUUCCGACAACUUGCUCCACGAAGAAGGUCCCACUCGGCACACCACCACGAAAGACAGCGCAGGUUCCUAUGUCAGGAUCGAAGACUGCGACAUCGAGACCUUCGACAUCGUCGUUGCAUGGUUGAACAGGAAGAAGAGCCAGAGCUUCUUUCCCAAUCACCCCCUUCCUACGGGUCUGGCUCUGGUGAAGCUGUGCAUCUUCGCGCUUGAUAACUUCCCUGCGAGCAGUGGACUAUUUAAUGAAGUCGAGGCUAACUCCGACCUGGUGCUUACUGUCGGUACGAUCAACUACGUUUACGAGCAUACCACCGAACAUUCUUCCCUUCGCCACAAGAUCGUAGGCGCCUUCUGCAAUACCAAGCCAACAUUCGAAAAGGACCUGAAUCAGUGCUGUCCUCAGUUCUUGGCCGAUGCACUGAGAUACAUUCGAGACGAGCGCGACUAUCAUGCUUUUAUGGCGGACGCACCAGCGGAAGUCACAGAGUAG